AUGUCCGUUGUUUCCAUCGUUACCUUGUUUGCUUCGUGACGGGAUUGCAGUAUAUCCGACUAACGGCAGCUACAUGGGCUUUGAGCUCUUGGAGGGACUUGGAGGAGGACUGCCAAGGGGAGGAACACGCGGGGGAGACGCGGGGUGUCGGACGAUUCUGGGUGAGGGUGUUUGCUAUGGCGGGGUAAAGAGGAACGUUUAUUAUGAGCGAUGUCCAUGAGACGAUAGUUUUUAGACGUUUGGAAGAAGAUUGAAACGAUUUCAUGUUGGUAUCUUUGUUGAUAUCUUGAAAAGGAUCAUUCACGUAUAGCCUGUGUCAAUAUGUCAAAACACUUUUACGAUGAAGCAGAGGACCUUGUGCUCGAUGCCCUCGAGAGUUUGGUGCUGCAAAGUUCUGGUCUGAUCUUGGACAAGUCAAAGAAGACACUCUGGCUCAAUAAAAAUGACCCCAGACACGUCUCCCUCCUCUCAGGAGGCGGCGCAGGCCACGAGCCCGCCCACGCAGGCUUCGUCGGCGACGGCAUGCUCACAGCUGCCGUCUCAGGCUCCAUCUUCGCCUCACCCAGCGUCGCGCAGAUCCUCUCGGGCAUCAGCCGCGUAGCCAGCCCCGCCGGCGUUCUCCUCAUCAUCAAGAACUACACCGGCGACGUCUUCCACUUCCACCUCGCGGCCGAGAAGGCCAAAGCCCAGCUCGGCGUGCCCGUCGAGGUUCUAAUUGUGGGCGAUGACGUCUCCGUCGGCCGCAAGAAGAGCGGCAAGGUCGGACGGCGCGGGUUGGCUGGCACGGUACUCGUGCACAAGAUUUUGGGAGCGUACAAGGAGACGGGCGCGUCGCUGGCGGAUGUGGUUAAGUUGGGUAAGACGGUGACGGAGGGCUUGGUGACUGUUGGCGCGUCGUUAGAGCAUGUCCAUAUUCCUGGUCGGGAGGCUGCUGCGGCGUCGACUGAGGACCAGGUUGAGUUGGGCAUGGGUAUUCAUAAUGAGCCUGGGUGUCAGGUGUUGAAGCCUCGGCCGCAGCUUUCGCAGCUCAUCGAUGCCAUGCUCACACAGCUUCUUGAUACCAACGAUUCGGACAGGGCAUACGUCGACUUUUCUGACGCCAAGGACGUCGCUCUUCUGGUAAACAACCUGGGUGGUGUCUCGCCACUUGAAUUCGGUGGCAUCACCGCGAAGGUCACAAACGCUUUGAGUGAUCGUGGAAUCAAGCUUGCCCGCGUCAUCUCCGGCACUUACAUGACGAGUUUGAACGGACCCGGCUUCAGCAUCACUCUCCUCAAGGCCAACCCCGAGAUUCUGAAGCACAUUGACGCCAGCACAAAUGCCAUCGGCUGGGCCUACUCGCCACGCGAUGAGACCAGCGGAGAUGUGAAGCAGCGCCUUGUUGAGAGCAGCGACUCAGGACACGACUCUCAGGAUGCCACCAAGAGCGGCGUGCAACUCAACGUAGAAACCUUCAAAAAGGUCGUUUCCGAGGCCGCAAAGAGAAUCAACGCCGCCGAACCUCAAAUUACAGCCCACGACACCCAAGUAGGCGACGGCGACUGCGGCGUGACCCUCGCCCGCGGCGCAAAAGCCGUCCAAAAGUACGCCGACUCGUCCUCCGUCAGCGACGACGCCGUCCGCACAGCCAUCGACCUCACCAACGUCAUCGAGGACAACAUGGACGGCACCUCGGGCGCCAUCUACAGCAUCUUCUUCGCGGCGCUGGCCUCGGAGCUGCGCAAGGCCAGCGCGGGCGUGCUCGACCUGCCAGCAUGGACCAAGGUUGCCGUCGGAGCCCUGGACACGCUGCAGCAGGCUACGCCGGCUAGGCAAGGGGACAGGACGCUGAUUGAUGCGUUGGAGCCGUUUGUGAGGACGUUGGAGAGCUCGGGGAGCGUGGGUGAUGCGGUUGAGGCAGCGAGGAAGGGGGUUGAGGCUACCAAGGGCAUGGCGGCUUCUCUUGGUCGUGCGGUUUACGUUGAGGAGUCUGCUUGGGGUAAGGUGCCGGACCCGGGUGCUGAGGGCGUCUUGGCUAUUCUCGAGGGUCUUCAGGCGGCUACGUCGUAGAUACUCAGUUGCGAGUAGGUAGCAGUAUCUUGUAUAAACGUACUCCAUGAACAGACGAGGCAUACUUCUGAGACUUUGAUUGCAUUUCAUCAGGUUAAAAUACAAAGUACUAUGGCAGUGGGGAAAACAAGUAUGAACUCCGUGCAUUCCUGGAC